AUGGAUAGCACCACCACCACCACCGCUCGCGGUCCCGACGCGGGCCAUGUCCUCCCGGUGACGGAGCAGCAGACAUUGCAAACACCAGAACCAGCAGCGACAAAGGAAAAGGGACGGUCUCGCUGGCGUAUUCACCCCAUGCGCGGCAUGAUCAACGACAUUCGCCAGCGCGCGCCGUACUAUCUGAGCGACUGGACAGACGCCUGGGACUACCGCGUCGUCCCGGCCACAGUGUACAUGUACUUUGCAAAUAUUUUACCAGCUUUGGCUUUUUCUCUGGACAUGUUCCAAAAUACGGCAUCCAACUACGGCGUCAACGAGGUGCUGCUAUCGUCAGUCCUCGGGUCAGUCGUCUUUUCUCUACUUGCUGCGCAGCCGCUCGUCAUCGUCGGCGUAACUGGGCCGAUUACCGUCUUCAACUACACCGUAUACGACAUUAUGCAUCCCACCGGCGUCGACUACCUUGGCUUCAUGGGCUGGAUCGGCAUAUGGUCCCUCAUCCUGCACUGGAUCCUCGCCGUCACCAACUCGUGCAACUGGCUGCGCUGGGUGACGCGCUUCCCCUGCGACAUCUUCGGCUUCUACGUCGCCUGCAUCUACCUCCAAAAAGGCGUCGAGGUGCUCGAGCGCCUCGGCCACGGGCCCGACUUUUACCUCUCUAUCGUCGUCGCCCUGCUCGUCUUCAUCGUCGCCUACGUGUGCAGCGCGCUUGGCACCAGCAGCCUCUUCCGCCACGGCGUCCGCGUCUUCCUCAAGGACUACGGCACGCCGCUGACCAUAGUCUUCUUCACCGGCUUCGUGCACUUUGGCCGCCUGCAAGAGGUCCAUCUGCAGAAGCUGCCCACGGGCAUCGCGUUUGAGCCCACGACGAGCCGCAGCUGGCUGGUCAGGUUCUGGGAGCUCAGCGUCGGGGACGUCUUCAUCGCGCUGCCCUUUGCUGUCCUCCUGACCAUUCUCUUUUGGUUCGAUCACAACGUCUCGUCGCUCAUCGCCCAGGGCAGCGAGUUCCCCCUCCGCAAGCCCGCCGGCUUCCACUGGGACCUCUUCCUCCUCGGCCUGACCACCGGCGUCGCGGGCAUCCUCGGCCUGCCCUUUCCCAACGGCCUCAUCCCGCAGGCGCCCUUCCACACCGAGUCCCUCUGCGUCACGCGGCCCGUCAAGCAGCUCGACGAAAAGGGCAACGACAAGGGCGACUUCACCUUCGAGGCCACCCACGUCGUCGAGCAGCGCGUCUCCAACCUCGCCCAGGGCCUCCUCACCCUCGGCACCAUGACGGGGCCCCUGCUCGUCGUCCUGCACCUCAUCCCCCACGGCGUCCUCGCCGGCCUCUUCUUCAUCAUGGGCUUCCAGGCCCUCGAGGCCAACGGCAUCACCGCCAAGGUCAUGUACCUCGCCCGCGACCGCAACCUCACGCCCGCGGCAGCGCCCCUGCGCGCCGUCGCGCGCCGCGCCGCCGUCUGGUGGUUCGUCGCCGUCGAGCUCCUCGGCUUCGCCGCCACGUUUGCCAUUACCCAGACCGUCGCCGCCGUCGGCUUCCCCGUCUUCAUCCUCGCCCUCAUCCCCAUCCGCGCCCUGCUCCUGCCGCGCUUCUUCAGCCGGGAGGAGCUCGCGCUGCUCGACGCGCCCACGGCGUCCGACUUUACCAUGGAAGGCAUUGGCGGCGCCUGGGGCGGCGGCGGCGGCGGGGACCCGAAGCUGCGAAUCGACCGCGCUGAGCAAGUACAGCGGGAGCCUCGCGAAAGCCAGGGCGGCGGCGGCCGGGACCUCUCGCCCGCGGCGGGCAGCGCCUUUCGUCGCCGCAGAGGCAGCUCGACCCGCGACGGCGUCUUUGCCAGCCCAGGCAGUCCGCGCAAAAGCCAGGAGGACAUGGCGGAGCUGGGCCGCAUGCCGAGUGGCCAGAGCACGACGACCAGGCGAAGUGCCGGACGCAGACCAAGCACGACACAGAGGUAA